AUGGCUGCAGCCGAAACGAGCAAUUCUCAGAAGGCAACCGUGGACUUGUACGGUGACCCGAAUCCAAACGAUGAGGAUUUGGACACAAUUGAUGAUGCAAAUGAUCUCUUCGAUGAUGCUGUGCUUUCCAGCUCAGUUGAGCACAGAAAACCCAGUUUGAAUUCGGAACCUGACGAGAAAACAGGUACCAAAGCAGAGGAUAACGUAGCGACAGUAAAAGAAGAUGAAAAGGACAAAAACAAGUCACGCAAAUUCUCAUUAUUUAUAGGGAACUUCUCUUGGUGGAUAUCUGACACGGACCUUCUGCGCAUUACCCAGAGAUUAGGAGUGGAUGAUAUUGAUGAAAUAAAAUUUGCAGAGAACAAAGCAAAUGGUCAAUCGAGAGGCUAUGCAAAGGUGGUUGUGACUUCUGAACAUUCAUUAAAAACCUUAUUGGAGAAAAUUCCCCAAUGUACUAUAGAUGGGGAACACAUCGACUGCCGUUUUGCCACCCAGCAGAACGUCAGUGUGUUUGAGGAUGUCGCCAAUAAACGCUUCCCAAUGCGCAACUAUUCCAAGGACACGGAUUCAAAUUCGACUUCGUCAUCGCCAUGGGAUUCCAACCCUCCCAGCAUACCCACUCCCUUUCCACCACAUCCACUUGGAAAUGUAUUUCCCUCACAUUCCAAACCUUUCCUUGGCCAGCCACCCCCUUCCUUCCCACCUGUGCCACCCCACAUCCCUCCGCAUCUGUUUCCCCCUCCACCUUUUAGUAUGCCAAGCCAGCCGCCUCCAAGUCUGCAUAUAAAUCCAGCUUACUUUACCCCAGCACAAGACAGACAGACAAGUCAUAAUUUUACUCAACAAAAGGGGGAGAGAGAGUAUGAAGAAUUGUUCAACAGAAAUAGAGCUGUGGCUAGCAGUGCCAUUACAAAGGCUGUGACAGGGGCAACAGCUGGAGACCUGAGAGUUGCUAUGGAAACACUGUUAACAGCCAUUGCCAUCAUCAAGCAGUCCAGCGUGUAUGCGGAUGAGCGCUGCAAAGCCCUUGUUACCUCCCUCAAAGACUGCCUUGUGUCCAUCCAGGGAAAUGGUGGCUACAGGAGUAGCAGUCAUUCUGGAGAUCGGGACAGAGAUCGGGAGCGGGAAAGAGAGCGCUACAGAGAGGAUUCGCCCCGUUGGGAAAGUGCCGGGACAUCGAGAAGGCAUAGGGAACGCUCUCGGAGUAGAGACAGGGGCAGGGAGCGUUCACGGGAAAAGCACAGAGAUUACAGAGAGCGCUAUCGUUGA